AACAGAAAUUGGAUUAUGUCAGUCACCUGCUCAAAACCUUCCGGUGGCCUUUCAUCCCAUUUGGAGAAAAAGCCAGUCAAUCCAGUGGACUCCAAAGACCCUGCAAGUUCUAGGGCUCUAGAGGCCGCGGGCACGAUGCUUCGGGUCCUGGUCGGGGCCGUCCUCCCCGCGAUGCUGCUGGCCGCUCCACCGCCCAUCAACAAGCUGGCACUGUUCCCGGACAAGAGCGCCUGGUGUGAGGCCAAGAACAUCACCCAGAUCGUGGGCCACAGCGGCUGUGAGGCCAAGUCCAUCCAGAACAGGGCGUGCCUAGGACAGUGCUUCAGCUACAGCGUUCCCAACACCUUCCCACAGUCUACAGAGUCCCUGGUUCACUGUGACUCCUGCAUGCCGGCCCAGUCCAUGUGGGAGAUCGUGACCUUGGAGUGCCCCGGCCACGAGGAGGUGCCCAGGGUGGACAAGCUGGUGGAGAAGAUCCUGCAUUGCAGCUGCCAGGCGUGCGGCAAGGAGCCCAGUCACGGGCUGAGCGUCUACGUGCAGGGCGAGGAUGCGCCAGGCUCCCAGCCGGGCCCCCGUCCCCACCCUCACCCUGGAGGGCAGACCCCUGAGCCCGAGGAUCCCCCCGGGGCCCCCCACGCGGAGGAAGAGGGGGCCGAGGACUGAGGCCCCAGCCCUUCCUCCCCUCUCGUCCCCUGUGGAAUGCUGGGUCUCACCCGUGGGGGAGCGGUGGGGAGGAAGGCCGAAGCCCCCCUUUGGCACUGGAUGGACUCAGAUUCAGACUUGGACUUGGAAUGCUUUCCGGUUGCCAUGGAGAUCUGAAGGGCGGGGUCGGGGCCAAGCCGCACAAUUUAAUAUAUUCAAGAGUGAGGGGAGGUAGCGGAGGUCUUCAGGGUUCUUUUUCGGAGUGGGGGCGGUUCUCUUCCUUUCUGCCUCCUAGAGAUGUGCCUUGGGUCGGGGGGAGGUUGGCUAAGCUGCUGAGGUGGGCAUCAGGUCCUCACAGCCCCCGGUGGGGCAGGGCCCCUGGGGUGCAGAGGGUGGAGUGGGGGUGGGGGGCCCUGAGCUAAGGGCGGCCACCUUGUCCGCAGCAGCCUUGAGGGAGGGGCUGGGUCCCGGCCAGGAAGACCCCUGGCCAAAGCUCUAGCCCCAUAGGCCUCCCCCAAAGCCUCCCAUCCCCAGGGCAGCCUCUCCCCAGUGGCACCGAAGUGGCCCUCCCUCGAUGGCGUGCUCAGGAGUCAGGUCUGGGCAGGACCCUUCUGACUCAUGGCCCUGCAGCCUGGAGCCAGGCUCUCGGGGCCUCUCCGGCUUCCUUGGCUUUCUAGGGGGUGGAGGAAGGCCAGGGAGGAGCCUACUUGGGCUGGGGGGGAGGGGAGGACUCCCAGAGCAUCUCUCGAGUACCCCUCCCCAUCCCAGAUGCUAGUGCCUCCCACUGCCCCCCCAAAUUGGACCCCACAGAAAGCUGAUGGAGCCAGCCUUCCCCUCCUGGGGAGCUCUUCCUAAAUAUCUGACUGGUGUGGAGGCUCCAGGGAGGGCCCCGGGUGGGAUGGACCCUGGCUGAGCCUCAAGAAAUGAGGAAGAGGAGGGGGGAGGGCUCCUGGCGGCCUGUGUCCCCACAGCUCUCCGGCACCCAGUUCCACCCGUCACCUCCCUCCCAGCUGCACUUUAACCCAGAGGGGGACUGGGGUCCUGGGGAUAGGGCGGGCGAGUCUGCUCCUCUGUCCCCAGGGCGCCGUCAGCUCCCCCAGCCCCCUGUCCCGGGGGUGCCCCGGCCCGUCCUCACGGCUGUUCCGACAAGAGCUUCUGGAGCUUGUAACGAGUAGAUUGUUUCCCUGAGUUUUCUCAUGAAUAAAUUCGUUCAAUGCU